ACCAAAUUGCCCAAAACCACCACCAAUAUUUACAACCAGACCCAUUAAAUCCUUUCCCUCUUUUGUCCAUUCCCAUUCAUAUACAUUAGACCCAAAUGGACAUAUAAGUAAUUUUGAAAGUUUAUACACUAUAGUUUGUUUUUUUUUUUUCAAAGAGUUGGAUGAGAUUAACACUGCUUCUAGAGAACAGUUACCUUCUUCCAUUAAUAUCCAACUCUCUAAUACCACACAACCUUCAAUUCAGUUAGCUAACAAUGGAGGCCACUCUUCCUCCAGGAUUCAGGUUCCAUCCUACUGAUGAAGAGCUCAUCACUUACUAUCUCACACACAAGGUGUCCGACUUCGGCUUCAUCGCCCGAGCCAUUGCCGAAGUCGAUCUAAACAAGUGUGAGCCAUGGGAUCUGCCAGAGAAGGCAAAUAUGGGAGAGAGGGAAUGGUACUUCUUUAGCAUGAGAGAUAGGAAGUAUCCUACAGGGUUAAGGACCAAUAGAGCAACCAAUGCUGGUUACUGGAAAACCACAGGCAAAGAUAAGGAGAUCUUUCAUUGUGGGGCAAUGGUUGGAAUGAAGAAAACUCUAGUGUUCUACAAGGGUAGAGCCCCUAAGGGUGAGAAAACCAAUUGGGUCAUGCAUGAGUAUAGACACCAGACCAAGUUCCCCUACAGACCUACAAAGGAAGAAUGGGUUGUUUGUAGGGUAUUCAAAAAGAACUCUAAUGGCAAGAGACCUACAAGCUUGACUGAGUCUCCUACAAACACUAACUCACUGAGUGAUGUGGGAGAGCUAGAUGUGUCAAUCUUCAACAAUCUAGUUAACAAUUCUAGUUCAUUUGAGGCUGUGCAAACUAAUGAGAACAACAAGCACAAGUAUGGCAACAAGGAGAUGGACCUGAGUAUGUGUAUGAAUUGGUUUGGUAGAGACGCUUUGAGCUCGAGCCCAUUUCCAUGGUCAUCGAACCUUCUUGGGUCGAACUUUUCAUCGAGCCCGACGGUCAUGAAGCCAUGGCCUAGCAUUGCAACCUUGAGCUCUUUCAUGGCACAGGAUCAUGCAACUUCCUCCAAAGCAUCAGAUUGCGCUGCACAACAGGCUUUUGAUCAUCAGGAUUCCAUCUGGAGAGGAGGCUACUAAAUGCAAGAAGAUUAGCUUAAUAAUAAUAUGAUUAUCCUUUGUUCGUUAUGCAAAGUUCAAUUGUAUAAUACUAAGUAUCAAUGUUAUUAUGAAAAUUAUCAUUGCUUUUAGUCCAGAUCUAAAUUAGUUUGUCAUCCUAAAUGAGUUUAUAAUGAAAGAUUGGCAACACAAAAAAAACAGAUAUCUUUGCCAUGAUAGACGCCCCUACAAAACCAUUGACUAGUACAAUAUUCACAUAUUCCAAAUUAUGACUUCUUUCUUGGGUUACGUGAAAGUUGAGGAUCUGGUACAACUUACAGUACACUAAACUAUGUCACAACUUUAUUGUUUUGCAUGCACUAGUGACUCAAUAGUUAAAGUGGAGCAUUGAUGUCAAGACAAUCCAAGCAGCAUUUACCAUAUUUUUGGGAAAAAUUACCACCAAUAGAAGUUGCACUAGCAUAUGAUAAAUUCAGCAGAAACAAAAGCGCAAACGCACUGAGCAAACAAAGCUAUAAGAUAUGAAAGAAGUUGCACUUAUACAUGAUAUUCUCAGUACAAACAAAAGCCCAAACACACUGAGCAAACAAAUAUGUGUAAGAUACAAGAGAAAUUAUUAUAUAUAUACUCAGUAAAGACAGAAUUUCAAACACACUAGGCAAAAAAAAAUGUGUAAGGUAUAAGAGAAAUUGAACUUACAUGUGAUAUAUUCAACAAAAAGAAAAGCUCAAACACAAUGGACAAACAAAUGACAGAUAUAAGCUAGUUAACAACCACAGUACUUUCAAGGAAACAUAGG